GUAGAAGAAGGGGGAGAGCCCAGCCCAGACAAGGUGUGGGGGAGGAAAGGCAGCACCCAGUAGCAAAGGCCACCCUGUGCCGCAGCCUUAGCCGAAACCGCAUCUCUGGGAAAGGGCUUCUUGCUGCCUGUUUGUAUCCCUGAGUCACCACAGACCCCCACCCUCCAACGUGGGAUGUUAACCUCGGCCCAAUAUGGAGAUUAGCUGCAGAGCCGAAGCAGAGUCCCAAAGGAGCUUCGGUUCUGCAGAAUCUGUACAGCCUUCUUCACCGUGCACUGACCAGACGUUGGGGCUCGGGAAAUCCGAGCUGAGGACCGGAAUUCCUCAAGGAGUCACUCAGGAGCGAGCCGUGACCAGCCGGAGAGAGUGACACGUCGGUACUCAGGCCCGCCUUCCUCACCAUCCUCACCUUCCCCACCUUCCCCUCACGUGCGCACAGGCAGUUCCCCAGAAGCGAGCCCUGUAGCUCUGCCAAAGACAAGCCUGUUGGGUUCCCGGGGGAGAAAAAAAAAAAAAAAAAGGCAACCACACAAAACCACUUCAGGCAAAGUCAACAGCGUUGAAAUCGUUACCUUGAAGAAACCCAGUGGAGAAGCGUGCAAAGAUGAAUGGCCCGGUGGACGGCUUGUGUGACCACUCUCUAAGUGAAGAAGGAGCCUUCAUGUUCACCUCGGAGUCUGUAGGAGAGGGACACCCGGUGCUGAAUUCUUCCACCAGCAGGAUAAAAUGAAUGCUUUUUCAACUUCCAAGAAAACCACCUAUGAGCUAUCUUACAGCCACUGAGUGAUACUGAUAGAAAUUCUGAAAGCCUAAAGAAACAGUUCAGAAAGAGCCUCCUUACACGUUAUUUCAGUCUGCGGAGCUGUCUCAACACCCUUGCUCAUCUCGGCUUUAUCCCUAAUACCCCUUAUCCCAGUCCCCCGUGUGGACUGGGGACAUGUGACCUGCGUCCUUGAAACAAGCAGAGUCAUCCGUGGUCAGCAUACAAGAUCUGCGACCAGAUCAGUGAUGCCGUGCUGGAUGCCCAUCUGAGGCAGGACCCCAAUGCCAAGGUGGCCUGUGAGACGGUGUGUAAGACAGGCAUGGUGCUACUCUGCGGAGAGAUCACCUCCACGGCCACAGUGGACUACCAGCGGGUGGUGAGAAGCACCAUCAGGCACAUCGGCUACGACGACUCCGCCAAGGGCUUUGACUUCAAGACCUGCAAUGUGCUGGUAGCUCUGGAGCAGCAGUCCCCGGAUAUUGCCCAGUGUGUACAUUUGGACAGAAACGAAGAAGACGUCGGGGCCGGAGACCAGGGUCUGAUGUUCGGCUAUGCCACCGACGAGACAGAAGAGUGUAUGCCCCUCACUAUUAUCCUCGCCCACAAACUCAAUGCCCGAAUGGCAGAACUCAGACGCUCCGGGGUCCUCCCCUGGCUGAGGCCUGACUCCAAGACCCAGGUGACAGUUCAGUACAUACAGGACAACGGCGCGGUCAUCCCCGUGCGCAUCCACACCAUCGUCAUCUCCGUGCAGCACAAUGAAGACAUAACACUGGAGGACAUGCGCCAGGCCCUGAAGGAGCAGGUGAUCGAGGCCGUGGUGCCAGCCAAAUACCUGGACGAAGACACCGUUUACCACCUGCAGCCCAGCGGGCGGUUUGUCAUCGGAGGUCCCCAGGGGGAUGCGGGCGUCACUGGCCGCAAAAUUAUCGUGGACACCUAUGGCGGUUGGGGGGCGCACGGUGGAGGGGCCUUCUCCGGGAAGGACUACACCAAGGUGGACCGUUCGGCAGCUUAUGCUGCCCGCUGGGUGGCCAAGUCCCUGGUGAAAGCGGGACUCUGCCGGAGAGUGCUCGUGCAGGUUUCCUACGCCAUCGGUGUGGCUGAACCACUGUCCAUUUCCAUCUUCACCUAUGGAACCUCUCAGAAGACAGAGAGAGAACUGCUAGAUGUGGUCAACAAGAAUUUCGACCUUCGGCCCGGGGUCAUCGUCAGGGACUUGGAUUUGAAGAAGCCCAUCUACCAGAAGACGGCGUGCUACGGCCAUUUUGGAAGAAACGAGUUCCCAUGGGAAAUUCCCAAGAAGCUCGUGUUUUAGAGCUGGUGGGCGCAGGGCCUGCCUCGCCCUGGAAGCUUCUGGAUUGGCACCUCUUGUCCAGGACCCCAACUCUCAGAUGUCCCAGACCCAGGGCCCUGACCGCUCCCCCCACCCCCCGCUGCUGCAGGGAGUGCCUUCCCCACCCACCGCCCCCUCCUGGACCAAGCUGCAACUCUAGGGCUAGCCCUGUGCUGUCGUCACUGUGAAUGGCAGGAGGCUUGCUGGUGCCUGGGGUCAGACCUCCUCAUGGCGGUAGUCACACUGUCCCCCUGCUUUUCCCUCAGACUGAGGCGAUGUUAAUUUAGUGGAAAAACCACCCCUGUGAAGAGUAAAUCCCCCCACGCCUCCCCCAUGGCUGGUCCCCUCCUCCCUCACAGAUCUCAGGGAUCCUGGGUGGCUGGCUGUUCCCUUCCCAUCUGUGGCCUGUGCCCUGAGCCAAGGGCCUUCACGGAGGCAUCUCAGGCUAGGCAUCCGACAGGGACAGGAACAGGGGCUGACACCUGCUGAGCAGCUAUGGUGUGCGAGGGCCCGAGCCAAUUACCAACCUCGUUUCUUCUUCACCGCAACAUGGUGAGGUGACACCUCAUUCCCAAUUUCCAUAUGGGGAAACUGAGUCACAGACCGCCUAGGUGACUUUCCCAAGGUCCUACAGCCACAUGUGUCAGGACCCACACGUGAUCCAGGGGCUUUGACUCGAGAGCCCGUACGCAGCCCCCAACGCUGUUCCCAUCUCAUGCCGGACGGAGGCCUGAGCAAUGACCACGCAGAUUGAAAAGCAGCUCUGUGGCCUCUGUCCUGAAGACCUGAGCUUGCUGCUCACCUCUUGGUGAGCCCUGGGCAGGGAUAUGUGAAGUCAGGAUAGAGAAGCAGCUUGUCCCAGCUCAGGUGGCCAGCCCCUUAGAUGGGUCCGGAACCCCGUGGCUUCCAGCCCUUCUCUCUUUGGCCUCUUGGUCUGAAUGCCGUUGGAAUAAGUGUGUGAGCCCCUCAGACGCCCCUUCCAGAGAGGCCACUCGUAAGGGCCGAAUAUCUAAUGUUAAGUAGUGACCCAGGUGGCGGAGCUGAACUCCUAGCGGUAGACAAGUUGGCUGAAGUGUCAUGAGGAGAUUCUGCCUUUGCCAGGUGGCUCCCGGGGCACAGCCCUCAAGGGGCCUGAGUGGUCCUCGGUGCGCUAAGGUCUUGGAAGCGCACGUUCACCUGCCUUUCCGUCCCUGGCCAGCCCUGCCUCCCCCACCUGUCAGCCUGGGCCGCUGACAGCAGUGUCUCUGCCUUCUCCCUAGCUGCCCAGACCACAGGCUCAGGUAAGGGCCCCCAAGGGUCCCAUAGAGCACUGAGGCCUGGGCUUUGGUCCAGGGUCCAUGGCGCUGGUUCUGGCUGAACCAGGCAGCCCAAGAACCCUCAUCUGGGGAGCAGACGGCCUGCAUCUGGGCUCCAGGCCUGACGCACAAAGACCCCAAGCUUUUCUCCUUACGUCAGGGAAAAGGCAGCUCUUCAGGGGAGAAAAAGAAGGCCGAUUUACCACCGAAACCUAGAGCUCCUGUCCGCUCCCAGCAAGUCUCAAGCUCCCUCCAGGAGAGGGAGGCACAAGCUUGCAGGCGGUCAAUGCCUCCCACUCAAGCCCUAUUCAAAGUGAAAAUUCAGAAUUGCAUGGUUGCCCCUCCCCCCCUGGAGAUAAAAGAUCUUUUUUUGGACAUUGUUGAUAUGAAACUCGAACCUUUAUGUGUUAAUAGUUCCUGCUGGGACAGUGAAUAAACAACUACUCUGUGCUCGG